AUGGAGGCGACGGAGGCGGCGGCGGCGGCGCGGCCGGGCAGCAGCGACAGCGGCGGCUCCCCUGGGCGGGCGCCGUGCUGCGAGCGGGAGCGGCUUGUGGGCGCGCUGAGCGCCGCCCUGAGGAGCCGCCUGGGGCCUUACGAGCCGCCGCUGGGCGCCCUGCAGGCCCUGCUCGUGUGGGAGAGGCCGGCCCGCAGCGCGCUCGCCUGGGCCGCAGCACACGCCGCUUUCGGGUUCUUUGCUCUGACAUCUCUCCAUCUAGUAUUCUUGGUUGCUUUCAUCCUGAUACUAAUAGUGUGUUUUGAUCAGUGGAAGAAUAAAAUCUGGCCUGAGAUAAAAGUGGCAAGACCUGAUGAAUUAGACAGUGAGAGCUGGGGCUACGUCCAUCCCCAACAGCUCAGCGUUCCUGAACUGUGCCACUAUUUGGCAGAAGGCUGGGUCACAGGUGACAGCUUCGUGAGGAGCUUGCUGAGUUUCAAAAGGCACAAUCCAGGCAAGUUCUGCCUUCUAGCAUGUAGUGUCCUCACAUUUUUGGCUGUCUUGGGCCAGUAUAUUCCCGGAGUCUGUCUUGCCUAUCUAACAAUGCUUUCCUUCCUCCUGUGGCCCCUUGCUGUGUACCACCAUCUAGGUCAGCGCCUCUACACCAAGCUAGAGCCAGCUCUGCAGCGGUUGGACUUCAGUGUUCGUGGUUAUAUGAUGACCAAGCAGAGGGAGAGGCAGUCGCGUUACCAGAUGUUGCGGAAGCCCCCUGCUGCUGGCGAUGAGACUGACAGCGAAGAGGAGCUUGCUGCUUUCUGUCCUAAGCUGGAUGAUGCAGUGGUUGCCAAGGAGUUGGCGAUCUCCGAUUCGGAACACUCAGAUGCAGAAGUGUCCUGUACUGAGAAUGGAACUUUCAAUCUCUCACGAGGCCAAACUCCCUUGACUGAAGGGUCAGAAGACUUCGAGGGCCAUAGCGACCCAGAGGAAUCUUUUGCCCAGGACCUCCCAGACUUCCCUUCCAUCAACCCUGAGGUGACGGGAAUAGAUGACGAGGAUGACACCAGCAUAGGCAUUCCAAGUCUUGCCUUCCGUGCACAGGGCCAGGAAGAUCUCCGGCUCUCUUCUGACAAAGAGGAAGUGCCCUCAGGGUUCCUCCUGGGGGCAAUGCCACCCACACACAACCUCACAAAUGACUUAGCUGGCUUCAUGACCAGAGGGAUGAUCCAGCUGGCCUUGUCUGGGAGCUCCCCGUUGGGCACUGCAAGUGGCAACAGACAACAGCACAGUGCCCGGGCCUUCCUCCGGACCUCCAGCUCAGAGCUGGACACAGAUGCUGAAGGAGAUGACUUUGAACUGCUCGAUCAGUCAGAGCUGAAUCAGAUGGACCCUGCCAGUUCCCGUGGCCAGUAAAACAAGUGACCUCUUCCUUUUUGUGGAGCAGAGAUGGAUGUGGCCUG